GCAUUAAGUUGUAAAUGUUUGCCGUGAACUACAAAAGUUUCUUCGAUGGUACGACUCGCCAGACCACUAAAGAAGAAACUGGGAUCGAAGCUUCUUUGGAUAUGCUUCGCGACAAUUUUUCUCACAUGCGUGCAUUUCGUUGGUCUUUUCCUUAAACCUUUGGAUUACCGUGAUGAACAGCACAGUGAAAUUGGAGUCCAUGAUUUCGGCGAAUUUAAGACAUUCCUUGGUGGUUCGACAAAAAAAGCGCGUAGAAAUCUGAUCAUUGUAUCUCAUGGCCGCUCUGGGUCUUCGCUGACAGGAGAUAUUUUUAAUCAUCAUCCUUCAGUGUUUUACAUGUACGAACCGUUACAAACCGCUCAACGAGUUUACAAGAAGAGCGGCAAUCAAACUAGUUACAACAGGCUGGCCGAAAAGCUAUUAGCCUCCCUCGCUCAAUGCAGAUUCGAUCAGCCUCAGACCGCACUGGCGGACAUUGAGAAUUAUUACCGUAAACCAGCACAUCCGCGCAUCAGCCAUGCGAUGGGAUCACCGCCUCUGUGUCCAGUUGAGAUGACGGAUCCCAAAUGGAGUCCCGAACUUUGCCCUCCUUUGUCAAGCCAGUCCUUAGGUGACGUCUGUAAGGAUAAGUACAAUUUGACCGUCUUGAAAAUCCUUCUCUCCCGAAUUCCUGAGAAUAAUAUGAAAACAGUUUUAACCGCUUGUGACUCGAACGACGUCGAAUGCAAGAUUAUCUUCCUCGUUCGAGACCCUCGAGCAGUGAUCCCAUCUUCACUUCAGAUUGGUUUUUUCAAAGAAAAAGGAGGGUCCGAUUCUAAGUUAGGCACCAGGGUGUACAGUUACACGCUGUGUCAGCAAACAGAGAGGAAUUUGGAACUAGUGAGGAGGUUACCAGCUUCUUUGCGAGCACGGAUUAUGCUCCUGCGGUACGAGGACUUAGCGAUGGAGCCGUCAAAAGUGUUAGAAAGACUUUACGACUUUGCUGGGUUGUCUUUGUUGGAAAGCGUGCGUGCAUGGCUAAACGAAACCACGCAGCAGAGUAGGAAGGACUGUAAUCGUGAAUUAGAUGGCCCUUUAGUCACAUGUACAAAAGAUGAUGCUUGGGCAGCGGCAAAUCGUUGGAGGUGGAAGGUUCAUCCACACGAAAUCAACGUCAUAGAGCAUUACUGUCGAGGUGCGAUGCGCCUGAUGGGAUAUCGGCCUGUGGACAUGUCACAUGACCUAUUAGCGAACAACAAGAUUCCACUGUUCAGCGAUGACUAUGAAGCGAAACUCUGGUUUUUAAAUUGAAUGAAAUUUCAGACUGUAUUGAAUAUAAAUAUAUAAGUGACGGUGAUUUCCAUGAUUACAAACGUUCAGCCUCAGCACGCUGUGAUUGGUUCAAGAACUCGCGCAACUUUCCUAAACAAGAAUAAAGGGGGAAAGUUUCUAAACUGCGGUGCUGUGUAUGUUGGGGGAACGAUUACUAGAUAAUUUAGUUUCAUCAACUGAGUUUAUAUCGUAAGUUGACUACCGCAAAGAGUUUCUAAGGCUGACGUCCACCGUCGAGUGUUAGCCUUUCGACAGAACUCUUCGCCCUGAUAAAGGGCCAACUCUCGUAACAGUUGAUAAAACCAACUCAUUCCUUAAACAAGAGUUGUACAACAAUUCGGUUUCAUUGAUUAUAUACAAUACACUUGUCAUAUAUGAACCACGGGCUUUUCCCCAUGGAUACGCAUAUUUCUCCUACAUCACACGCUUAUAACAAAAUGAAUGUAGUCUUUCUUGUUCAUUUUGGCCACUUUCGAGGCAAUCCUUUGGUCUGAGAAGAUCAUUUUAGCUAAAAAUACUACAUGUGCAGUUGUGUACAAAAUUCAGGCUUGAACUAGAGAAUCGAGAAACGAUAAACGUGACCUGAAAUAGUUUAUUGUACGGAAAGAUCUUGUGCUUGUAUAUAUCGAAAUGCCCAAUUUCACUCUCGAACUUAGCUUUCAAGGCGCGGACUGGUGAAUUUUGUCAGAAAAGUACUCCUAUAUCACUGAAAUCAACAGAGCAUUAAUUUGAAAACAAUCAGAAAGUGGCAAAAACUUGUUAAGCGCAAUUAAGGCUUGGGCUAGUCCCUUGUAGAUGGUGCCAGCAUUAUAAUUUGGAAAAACGAACAUAAUUUUUGCUCUUUUCAUUAAAAGUAAUACUGCUAGCAUACUCGGCACAUUUUUUUUUUGUUUUUUCGAAGGAACAUCGUUAGAGUCAUGACUUGUUUGGUUUCUAAGAUUUGUUUUUUUCAAGUUCAGUCCAUGGUCCAGUCUAAUUUUGCAAUGUCUUGGGUGAAGGAGGUUACCUCAAUACUGAGUCGUUCGAUGUGUAAAGGACUGGGCACACCGGAAGUAAAGAAAGCGUUAAUCCCAGUUUCCGCUUUUAUAAAAAACAAAGUGGCGUCGAAGAUAACCGUGAUGCUAACAAUAACAUUGUACAUUUUGACACUUCAAGUCACCGCUUCUAGUCUGGAAUUAAGUGCAGUAGUUAAUUAUGUUUUAUCAGAGCAAGUAUAUAGCACAAA